UCUGGUGGAGAUAAAUAUGUAGGGCUUCAUAUUUCAUUACUCGCUCGUAGAUUCAAGUUGAGAAGAGGAAGAGAGAAAGAAAGAGAGACUGCCAGAGAGAUGGCCUUAGGAGUACCAUCGACUCCGUUGACGUUCGUAGCGCACGGGCUCGGGGUCGCGGUUCUGGUUCUGGUUCUGGUCUGGUCUAUAUACUUCCGAGGUGGCUUCGCAUGGGAAGCUACCAACAAGAACCUCAUCUUCAACCUCCAUCCUUUUCUCAUGGUAUUGGGAUUAAUUAUCCUCGGAGGAGAAGCCAUUAUCAGUUACAAAUCACUUCCUUUGAGGAAAGAUGUGAAGAAAAUAGUGCACCUGGUUCUUCAUGCUAUCGCACUAGUACUCGGCAUAGUCGGCAUUUGUGCUGCAUUCAAGAACCACAAUGAGUCUGGCGUUGCCAAUCUUUACAGUCUCCACUCCUGGAUUGGCAUUGGGGUUAUUUGCCUCUAUGGUAUUCAGUGGAUAUAUGGGUUCUUGGUGUUCUUCUACCCGAAAGGAAGUCCAGGACUAAGAAGCGAGUCAGUUCCAUGGCAUGUGAUACUGGGGCUUCUCGUGUACGUUUUGGCCGUCGGCAAUGCUACCUUGGGGUACUUGGAGAAGCUGACAUUCCUCGAGAGCAGUGGACUCGAAAAGUAUGGAAGCGAGGCAUUUCUUGUCAACUUCACUGCUCUGGUUACAAUAUUGUUUGGGGUCUUUGUGAUAUUCUCAGUCAUUUCUCAGGCUCCUGUGGAUGACGACAACAGCUACUCAGAAAUAUGAAUCAUAUAUUAGCCUACAUGAUAUUGAUGUUGUUAUAUAGUGUUAAUUGGACGAAGUCGAUCGCCAUUCUUAAAUGGCGUGAACCUGUAGAAACAGAUUUUCAUUGAAUCAUUAUUGAUACAACCUUUACAUUAUAUAUGCACUACAACAAUAAUCUUGCUGCUA